GGGCAGGGCAGCACCGCCGCCUCACUGUCUCCCUCCCACAGCCUCCCAGCGCAGCGCGGGCCGAGGGCAGAGAGCCGCCGGCCGCGGGAGCGGCACCUCCGGCGGCGGCCAAUUAUCAACCGAAAGCUGACAGCCUUGCAUGAGACUGGUCUCCGACCUCAUCUAUGUCCCUUCCCACACAAAGCACUGACCAUAUUUACACAAGGAGACAGCAUUCCUGUUCCCACAUUGCACACAGAACUGGAUUCAUGUAGAGCAAAUGUUGCUAUGAGGAAAGGAGUCAGAGAUGACUGAUGUGGAGCCCGUGGUCACAGAUUUCGCAGCAUCAGGCCGGGCAGGCCGCCGCAACGCCUUACCAGACAUUCUGGGCUCUCCUGCUGGUGCUGGGACUUCAGACCUGCCGCACAAACUGGCUGAGCUCUCCGUUUCAGAAGAUGAAGGAGCGGAGGGUGGAGAAGUGCCAUCACCCAAGGCCUUACUGGAAAAUCAAGAGGCGAAGGGAAAGAGCAAUGAUUCCUAAUACCUAAGGACUGAUGGAUCAAUGAAUGAAACCCAUCGACAGACUUUCCAGUUUCCCUGUGUCACCCCUUCUGAAGUGUGGUAGCAACCUUAGCAGCACAGACAAGAGUUUGCAACACACUUGUACCUAGAUGCCAUUAAUGUGGAACUGCUGUUUUUUCCUACUGUUGUCAUUCGAAACCAAUGUUCUACACAUCCAAAUGAGAAAAGAACUAAAGAAUGUAUCUCUUGUUUCCUCAUGGUUAUAGUAUUCAUCUUAGCUAGUCUUCUUUGACAGUUUCAAUCAAUAUAGCUAGCAUUUUGAAGAUUGCUUCAAAAUAAAAAUCCUGUUUCUUUAUUUCCCAAAGUAUCUUCUUUCUCUCUGACUCACAGGUAUAUUCACUCUCCCCAUCUUAAGAUGCUAGUAAGUAUAUAUUGGAUUACAAACAUGGUCUGUAAUGUAUCUUAAGAUCAGAGAUUUUUGUUCCUAUUGCGCACAUGUAGAUGGAUAGGAGAAAUAAAAAGAAAACAACUUUUUUCAUCUCCUCUUCUCUCCUAAAAGUUUUUCAAACUACAUAAACACAAAUGUUCAUUUUCAAACUCUCUUUAAACUCUAUUUGAUUAUGGCAGAUUAUUUGAGUUCUCCCACUUUUAGCAGUUUUGCCCCUUUUGUAAUUUCUGUUAUCAGGCUGAAUAUUGUAGCUGUUCAUGUGUAUCUGAAAUAAAGUAGCCACGUGUGUAAGUGAUUAAAAUGGUUUAAUCUCAUGGUGGAAAUUAAAUAGCUAUCAUCUUGUCUGUCUUCUGUUGAUUCUUUGGUGUUUCUCCUGUAUGACAAGACGUAAA